AUGUGUCUUGUGCUUCUUCGACGAUUGCUGUCAAGUAAAUGGGACCAAUUAUGGCAUGAUCUUGGUCCACAGCAGAAAAGCUUCACGGAUCAGCUUAUCAAUACCGUUAUGGCUGAAUCUGACUCGAGACUGAGGAAAAAGUUGCUCGCGGUUGUUGCAGAAGUUGCUCGCAAUACGGUUGACGAAGAUACGGGUAAACAAAAUUGGGCCGAAGUGCUCCAAUUUCUGGAGCAUUGUAUGGCUAGCGAGAACGUCAGCGAAGUUGAACUGGUUGCAAUAUUGCUCGAGUGA